AUGGAGUUACCUUUGGACGAGGAGGAUGGCACUUUCACCAGCAUUUCUUUGGCAGAUGAUUCAGAGCGUCUCUCAGGAAUAAUCUCUUCAAAAGCAGAAAGAGACCCUUCUACCAUGAUGAAUGCCGACAUGGAUGCUGUUGAGGCUGAGAAUCAGGUGGAAUUAGAAGAGAAAACACGGCUUAUUAAUCAAGUUUUGGAACUGCAGCACACACUCGAAGAUCUCUCAGCACGAGUAGAUGCUGUUAAGGAAGAAAACUUGAAACUGAAAUCAGAAAACCAAGUUCUUGGACAGUAUAUAGAAAAUCUGAUGUCAGCGUCUAGUGUUUUCCAAACAACUGACACAAAAAGCAAAAGGAAGUAAGGGUUGACUCACAGAUAAUGUCCUUGCAUUGCUGCUGUCUUUUUUUGUUUUAAUUGGCAUAGACUACAUGAGCUAAAAUACCUUAGUUUGUGGCUUUACUGGAUACCUGAAGAUUAUAAACUUAGGUGAUAAACAGAAUUAAGAACAUUACCAUGAAGAAGAGACAUAAGUUUGUGUAUUGUUAAGAUUGAGCAGUGUGCAAAUGUAGUGUAGAGACUUACUAAACUUUCGUAUUUGUUUUAAAAACGAGCAUAUCUUGUUAAAAAUUCAGUUUUUCAGGUUAAACAGAAGUCUGUUGGUUUUGUUUGAGGUUUUAGGGUAGUGUUCUUGACUAGCAAAAUAAUACAGCUAUAAUAU